CCUCGCGAGGCGGACGUGCAGCCUGGUUGAUGUGAGGUGAGACAAGAACAGAGAUAACUCCAAAAUAAAUCGACAAUAUGUACGAGACAGCUGUAUGUGGAUAAAGCAUAGCCUGAAAAAAGUAUCAACAUGUCUUCAAAUUCAGAUGUUCCCCAUAGUAAUCCUUCGGUGGACAGAGGCUCUGGCCAGACUGAUGGUGCAAGCAAGGGAGACAACCCAAAAGAGGAUCCAGGAGAUAUCUGUACCAGUCAAACAGCAGUAAACCAACAACAGCUUUCAGGAAAUAAAGAAAAAGGUUCACAUCAGAAGAAUUUUACAAGUGGACCAUCACCUCUGUCACAUGAUAUUGAACCCAGGCGUGAUAACCUACAAAGUAGGAAUGAUGAUUACAAAGGAAAGAAAGCUGCAGACCAAGAGGGUGACUUUAAUCGUGAAGGUGGUGCUCAUAGUGGAUACACCCCUGUAACAAGGACAGGAGAAAAAAGGACAGAAUCUGGGCCAGACUUCCACAACUUGGAUUAUUCAGGUCAUUUUAAAAUCAACUUAAUAUCCCAGGAGUCCAGAAAGGAUGUAUUGAAGAUGGAAACGAAUGAAGACCAAUUUGUCAAGUUCUGUCAUCUGUUUCAUUCUGAUUUGCAGUUAGAUGCAGUAAAACAGGCUUUGCUCUCUGAUCUAAAACUUGUGGUGACAAGAGGUGGAUACCCUCCUUCUGUCUCUCCACAGCAAGGAGCCUCAGCUCCUUUAGAUACAAGUAUAAAAUGUGUCCUUACUUGUCUGUGUUAUCAACUUCAAACUGUGAAUAUUUCUUCUACAUCCUUGAACAUAGACCAUGUCAAGGAAACUCUGUCAUCAUUGAAAAGCUACCAGAAGGGCAUUGUGAUUGGCUAUCAGGUGUCAGGUGAUACCAUCAACUACUGGCUGGCUGGGGAACGUGGUGCCAUGAAGAUCACCAUGGAUGUUCUUACUCAGCAGAGAGGUGCUAUUUCUGAUGUUGUAAGAGGAAGUCAGAAAAUGGAUAAGUUACAAGGAGACUAUGUUGGAGAUACAGAUACUGAUAUGGAUAGCAGACAGUCUGGACAAAGUGGAUCAGAUAACAGACAGACAGGACAAAGUGGAUCAGAUAACAGACAGACAGGACAAACUGGAACAGAUAACAGACAGACAAGACAAAUUAGAUGCAGUAAAACAGGCUUUGCUCUCUGA